AUGGUUGAUGCUACAACAGGGCAUGAAGCUAUGUCAUUCAUGGAUGGGUCCUCCGGAUACAAUCAAAUCAGAAUGUCUCCAAAGGAUGAAGAGUGUACUGCUUUCCGAACUCCAAAAAGGAUAUAUUGCUACAAAGUGAUGCCCUUCGGUCUGAAGAAUGCCGGUGCCACCUACCAACGUGCGAUGCAAAACAUCUUUGAUGACAUGCUUCAUAAGAGGGUUGAAUGCUACGUCGAUGACUUGGUGUUUCUUGGCUUCAUUGUGCGUCAUCGUGGAAUUGAAGUUAAUCCUGCAAAGAUUGACGCCAUUCAGAAAAUGCCCAAGCCAAAGAACUUGAGAGAGCUUCGAAGUCUCCAAGGAAACUUAGCAUUCAUCCGGAGGUUCAUCUCUAAUCUAGUCGGACGGUGUCAACCCUCCAAUCAUAUAUUGAGGAAGGAUAUCCCUUUUCAUUGUGAUCAGUCAUGUCAAAAUGCUUUUGAAAGCAUCAAAAAAUACUUGCUGAAUCCACCUGUGUUAGGGGCGCCAAUGCUUGGGAAGCCGUUGAUACUCUACAUCGCGGCACAUGAACGUUCACUUGGAGCACUGCUUGCUCAAGAGAAUGAGGAAGGAAAGAAACAAGCCUUGUACUACCUUAGCCGAACUCUAAUAGGAGCUGAGAUGAACUAUACGCCUGUUGAGAAAAUAUGCUUAGCGUUACUUUAUGCGAUAAAGAAGCUAAGGCAUUAUUUUGAAGCAUACACCAUCAAACUCAUCUCUCGAGCAGAUCCCGUGAAGUUCGUGAUGACUCGACCUGUUCUUUCUGGACGCCUAGCAAGAUGGUCCAUAUUGUUUAACCAAUAUGAGAUCACAUACACACCUCAAAAAGCUGUGAAAGGACAAGCACUAGCCAAUUUUCUGGCUGAUCACCCUCUUCCGGCGGAAUGGGAGCUUUCGGAUGAGUUUCCAGAUGAAGACGUUUUGUUCAUCGAAGAGUUUCCACCAUGGACAAUGUUCUGCGAAAGAUCUGCAUGUCGUAACGGUGCGGGGGCAGGUGUUGUGUUGAUCUCUCCAGAAAGACAAGUCUUUCCAUUCUCCUUUGUUUUAGGUGAAACAUGCUCCAACAAUGCCGCAGAGUACCAAGCUUUGAUCGUCGGUCUCGAAAUGGCAUUAGAAAUGAAUAUUCUACAGUUGGAGAUCUACGACGACUCUAAGCUAAUCAUCAACCAACUUUUGGGGAGUUACGAGGGAAAGAAGGAAGAUCUAUUGCCAUACCAUCAAUACGCUUCUGGUUUACUUGAAAAAUUCGAUCAAGUGUUCUUAAACCACAUCCCAAGAGAAGAAAAUCGCAAGGCUGAUGCUUUGGCUAACUUGGCCACGACGAUGGCUCUUGGAGAGAAUGAGUCAACAAAGGUAUAUGUGUGCCAUCGAUGGGUUAUUCCUAGACUUCUGGAUCUUCAAGUCAACGAAAGCCAUCAUACGUCUGUUCGAGUGAUUGAAGAAGAAGAUUGGAGGCAACCACUGAUAGAGUACCUUGAACAUGGAAAGUUACCUGAAGAUCCGCGACAAAGAACAGACAUCAAACGAAGAGCACCGCGAUUCAUCUUCUAUAAGGGGACAUUGUUUCGCCGUUCUUUUGAAGGACUAUUCUUGCGAUGUCUUGACAAAGAAGAAGCCCGCCAAGCGAUGGAGGAAGCACAUUCUGGCUCAUAUGGAUCACACCAAUCUGGUCCCAAGCUCCAUUUUUGCAUCAAGAGGAUGGGCUACUACUGGGCGAUGAUGGUGAAGGAUUGCAUGGAUCAUGCCAAAAGAUGGCAAGCGUGUCAAUUUCAUGCAAACUACAUCCACCAACCUCCAGAGCCUCUUCACCCAACUGUAGCUUCAUGGCCUUUUGAUGCAUGGGGACUUGAUGUUGUAGGACCACUUCCAAAGUCAUCAAAGGGACAGAUGUACAUAUUGGCCGCUACGGACUACUUCUCUAAAUGGGCGGAAGUUGUUCCACUCAAGGAGGUGAAAAAGGAAACUGUCGUCGACUUUAUCAAGUCAUAUAUAAUUUUUAGGUACGGCAUACCAAGAUACAUAAUCACCGAUAAUGGAACGCCAUUUGACAACAAGCUCGUAAAGAGUCUAUGCGAGAAGUUCGGUUUCAAGCAACAUAAGUCUUCAAUGUAUAAUGCACCUGCCAACGGCCUCGCUGAAGCUUUUAACAAGACGCUUGGUAACCUUUUGAAGAAAGUUGUUGCAAAGAACAAGAGAGACUGGCAUGAGAGAAUUGGUGAAGCUUUGUGGGCAUACCGGACAACCUUCAGAACUGCUACACAAGCAACUCCUUACUCUUUGGUAUAUGGCGUAGAAGUAGUCCUGCCGUUGGAGCAACAAAUUCCAUCAUUGCGGAUAGCAAUCCAAGAAGGGCUCACGUCCGAAGAGAAUGCUCAACUUCCCCUAGCAGAGUUAGAGGCAUUGGAUGAGAAAAGAUUGGAAGCGCAACAAAAAUUGGAGUGCUAUCAAGCUCGACUAGCUAGAGCCUUCAACAAGAAAGUGCGGCCACGAUCAUUCCAAGUGGGAGACUUAGUCCUAGCUGUUCGACAACCCAUAAUCCUCAACAAACGCAUAGGCGACAAGUUUACCUCAAAAUGGGAUGGGCCAUAUGUUGUGAAGGAAGCAUAUUCAAGUGGCGCAUACAAAAUUGUCGAUAAGGAUGGUCUCAGAAACCAAGCGGAUUGCAGUUUGGACAUUUCCAGUUUGAGAUACGAUUUUUUCAAUGCGAGCAUGAAAGGCUAUAAAGCCAAAACAGCAAAGACGCACCAAGUGCUUGCUCGCCGAAGUUGGAAAAGCCUACUCCAGUUGUCUCCCUCGCCAGCCUGCAACAAUGUGAUAUGGUACAUGUCGCACUCACUCGCCAAGGAUGAAAUAUGUUCGCUCGAGCUCCAAGCCUCUUCCUCGCCAAGUCGCAAGGCUGAGAUGCACCAUGUUCUCGCUCGCAUGUUCCAAAGUGGGAAUAUCGCUCGUCGAUCAAGCUCGCUUAGGAAUACUCUACAUGUCUCUCGUCAAGCUGCAAGAAGGGUUGUACCAAGUUGCUAUCGUACUCUCUUGAAAACCUGCAAAAAUAAGAAAAGAUUUUGGAGCCCUCGGUGCCAACAACACGAAGUUUUUAGAUACGGUGCCAAUAGCACGACGAUUCAGCACCAUGGCGCUUCAGUUUGA